AUCAUUUUCAGUACAUAUAUAUUGCACGUUAGCAAAGUCAACACCAAGAAACACGCAAGGUGACCUUGCCCCAUAUUCUGAAGUCCCAGAAGUCAUACAAGAUUAGAUUUAUCUUAUUCUGUUCACAUUUCCACCACUUAGUUGAGGGAAUGAUUGCCAAAAAAAUUUCUCUACAUUCUAUGUUUCUUCUAACCCUCCAAUUCACUUCAUGUGCUUACAUGGACGCCAUAAAGACAAACCAAACAGUUAAAGAUGGAAGCCUUGUGAUCUCCAAAGAAAACAAUUUUGCAUUAGGAUUUUUUAGCCUUGUUAAUCCAAGCUUUAGAUACCUUGGAAUUUGGUAUCAUAAGGUACCUGAACAAACUGUUGUGUGGGUAGCAAAUAGAGGGCACCCAAUCAAUGGCUCCUCAGGGUUUCUCUCCAUCAACCAAUACGGAAACCUCGUCCUCUAUGGUGACUCUGAACGAACGGUUCCAGUAUGGUCUGCAAAUUGUUCUGUUGGAUAUACUUGUGAAGCUCAGCUUUUGGAUUCAGGAAAUCUGGUUCUGGUCCAGACUACAAGUAAGGGAGUUGUGUGGCAAAGUUUUGAUUAUCCUACAGAUACCAUGCUAGCAGGAAUGAAACUUGGAUUAAAUAGGAAAACAGGUCAGGAACUGUUUCUGACAUCAUGGAGAUCAGCAGAUGACCCUGGAACCGGGGACUUCUCGUUUAAGCUCUAUCCCAAUGGCUUACCACAGUUCUUUCUCUCCAGGGGAACAAGACGUUAUUGGCGAACAGCCUCAUGGCCAUGGAGAGGCCAGUGGCAAUUGUACAAGGAAAGCUUCGUAAACAUUCAAGAUGAAGUAUACUUUGUCUACACACCUAUUGAUGAUUCCAUUAUCCUUAGAAUAAUGGUGGAUCAUACAGGGUUUUUGAAGGUUGUAACUUGGCAUGUAAGUGACCGCAAAUGGAAGGAGUUCUGGGCAGUACCCAAGUACCAAUGUGAUUGGUAUGGAAAAUGUGGUGCUUAUAGUACGUGUGAACCUGUUGACAUUACCAGGUAUGAGUGCGCUUGUUUGCCUGGAUAUGAACUCAAGGAUGCAAGGAACUGGUAUCUGAGAGAUGGGUCUGGUGGUUGUGUCAGCAAGGGACUAGAAUCUUCCUCAGUGUGCCAUCCUGGAGAAGGGUUUGUGAAGGUGGACAAAGUAUUACUUCCUGAUUUUUCAUUUGCAGUUUGGGUGAACACAAGUAUGAGUCGUGCAAACUGCGAAAAGCAAUGCAAGAUGAAUUGCUCAUGCUCUGCGUAUGCAAUUGUAGAUGCUCCAGGAAUAGCAAAGGGCUGCAUUACAUGGCAUGGAGAAUUAAUGGACACAACAUACGAUAGGAAUGACAGAUAUGAUCUGUAUGUUCGUGUUGGUGCGCUUGAAUUAGCUGAGAAUGCAAGGAAAUCAAAUGGUUCUAAUAAAAAGGGGUUGCUGACCAUCCUUAUUCCAGCUGUUUUUUCAACAUCGUUGAUCAUUAGCGUACUUGGUUAUUUGUGGUUCAUGAAGAGAGGAGAAAAAGAGACUUGGGUGGCAAACGAGCUCCGGAGAAGUGGCAAUGAUGUAGACUUGGAUUUCUUCAAGCUCAGCACACUAUCUGCUGCCACAAAAAACUUCUCCCCAGAUAACAAACUUGGGGAAGGUGGUUUUGGUUCAGUUUACAAGGGUCAGCUACCUAAUGGGGAGGAGAUUGCUGUCAAAAGACUCUCAAAAAAUUCAGGACAAGGAAUAGAAGAAUUUACAAACGAAGUCAAGGUAAUUGCGAAGCUUCAACACAGGAAUCUUGUGAAACUGGUAGGCUGUUGCAUUCAGGGAGAAGAGCCGAUGCUAAUUUACGAAUACUUGCCAAACAAAAGCUUAGACUCAUUUCUUUUUGAUGAAACAAGAGAAUUGUUCCUGGAUUGGAGCACACGGUUUGACAUUAUAGUUGGUAUCGCUCGUGGGAUUCUAUAUCUUCACCAGGACUCAAGGUUGAGAAUCAUUCACAGGGACUUGAAAUGCAGCAACAUUCUAUUAGAUGCAGAGAUGACCCCAAAAAUCUCAGAUUUUGGAAUGGCUAGAAUAUUUGGAAGGGACCAAAUACAAGACGAGACACGUAGAGUUAUGGGAACAUUUGGAUACAUGUCACCAGAGUAUGCUGCGUUUGGCAAAAUUUCGGUGAAAUCAGAUGUGUUUAGUUUCGGGGUUAUGUUAUUAGAGAUUGUAAGUGGGAAGAGGAACAACAGAUAUAAUCUACAGGAUUCUUCCUUGACCUUGAUUGGGCAUGUGUGGGAGCUAUGGAGAGAAGAGAGAGCAUUGGAGAUAGUUGAUUCAUCAUUGCCGGAGUUAUAUCACCCUCAAGAAGUCUUGAAAUGCAUUCAAAUCGGGCUCUUGUGUGUGCAAGAAGAUGCUAUGGACAGACCCUCCAUGUUAGCUGUUGUUUUCAUGUUGAGUAGUUCUGAAGCAGCUAUUCCUUCUCCAAAAGAACCUGCAUUCAUUUUUAGAGAAAUUUGCAGUACGCCUCAUACCCUAAUUGAGGUACAAGAAGGUGGUGGUGAUGGAGUAGAGUUAGCUAUAAAUAAACACGGCUGACCAUUACUGUGUUGCAACUCCGUGAAGAUGUCUCUCUCAGAAUCAUUAACAGCUCGUACAAUGCACUAUUAACUUCGUUCGAAGUAACAAAAAAAAAUUGUAGCUAUGAUCAAAGAAUGUUCUUAAUUAUGAUUGAUGAAACUCGUAACGAACAGGGAUGAUAAUUUAGCCUAGGCAUAAAUGAAAAGGAGAUGCAGAUAGAAAUAGGAAGGGAAACACCUAGCCUGGUCUGAACUGCUGCCAUGCAUGCUGGCAACACCCAGAUUCAAAGUUCAAACCUCUGAUGCACGGUUUGUUAGCCAUCUCCUUUUGUCUUUACAUUUUAGUAUCUUUCAAUGAUUUCUUUCCUUUACAGACUGAAAUAAAGAAGAAAUCUUUCAUCUUUGUGAUUACAAGAAAGAGUUUUUCGGUUA